GGCGGGUAAAAGAGGCUACAGUUGAGAAGAGAAAAGAGCUGCGGAGUUGUAGCAGACAAGUUGGUAGGUCUGGUAGGUGCACCCUCCCAAGAGGGAAUGAGCAUGUGCCACGGCGGCAGGAUUUUUACCUUUGAUUCCGGAAAGUGCUAGACAAAAACAUGGAACUAAUUUCCCCAACAGUGAUUAUAAUCCUAGGUAUCCUUGCUCUUUUAUUAUUCCUUCAACGGAAGAAUUUGCGUGGACCCCCGUUCAUAAGGGGCUGGAUUCCUUGGAUUGGAGCUGGAUUUGAGUUUGGGAAAGCCCCUCUAGAAUUUAUAGAGAAAGCAAGAAUCAAGUAUGGACCAAUAUUUACAGUCUUUGUUAUGGGCACCCGAAUGACAUUUGUUACUGAAGAAGAGGGAAUUAAUGUGUUCCUAAAAUCCAAAGAAGUAAAUUUUGAACUAGCAGUGCAAAAUCCCAUCUACUGUACAGCAUCAAUUCCAAAGAAUACUUUUUUAGCACUGCAUGAAAAACUUUACGUCAUGAUCAAAGGGAAAAUAGGAAGUGUCAACCUAUAUCAACUCACUGGACCAGUGACUGAAGAAUUAUAUGAGCAACUGGAGAAUUUAGGCACUCAUGGGACAAUGGAGCUGAACAGCUUAGUAAGGCAACUGCUUUUUCCAGUCACAGUGAAUACACUCUUUCAAAAAGGUUUCUUUCCCACAAAUGAGAGAAAAAUCAGGGAGUUCCAUCAGCAUUUUCAAGCUUACGACGAAGGUUUCGAGCACCGGUCCCACAUACCAGAAUGUCUCCUAAGACACUGGUCAAAAUCCAAAAAGUGGUUUUUAGCACUCUUUGAGAAAAACAUUCCAUAUAUAAAAACAUACAGAUCUGCAAAAGAUAACUCCAAUACAUUAAUACAGACUGUGCUGGAUAUCAUAGAGAUGGAAGGAUAUGAAGAAAGGAGCCCCAACUAUGGGCUCCUACUACUUUGGGCUUCUCUGUCCAAUGUUGUCCCUGUUACAUUUUGGACACUUGGAUUUGUCCUGUCUCAUCCUAGUGUCCACAGGACCAUUGUGGAAGACAUAUCUUCUGUGUUUGGCACAGCAGGUAAAGAUAAGAUGAAAGUAUCUGAGGAUGACUUGAAGAAACUCCCACUAAUCAAAUGGUGUAUUUUGGAAACCCUUCGUUUAAGAGCCCCUGGUAUUAUUACUAGAAAAGUGAUGAAGCCGAUUAAAAUUUUGAAUUACACUGUUCCUUCUGGUGACUUGUUGAUGUUGUCUCCAUUUUGGCUGCAUAGAAAUCCAAAGCUCUUUCCUGAACCGGAAGUGUUCAAACCUGAACGUUGGGAAAAGGCAAAUUUAGAGAAGCAUGCUUUCUUGGACGGGUUCAUGGCAUUUGGAAGUGGGAAGUUCCAGUGCCCUGGAAGGUGGUUUGCUCUGUUAGAGAUUCAGAUAUGUAUUAUUUUAAUACUUUAUAAAUAUGACUGUAGUCUUCUGGACCCAUUACCGAAACAAAGCCCUCUCCACUUGCUAGGUGUCCAACAGCCAGAAGGACAAUGCCGAAUUGAAUUUAAACAAAGAAAAUGACUAAGGAGAACCAGGGCCUUCUGAAAGAGUGAUUGUCCCCAUCCACUAGCCUGGAAGCAUCUAGACCUGAGCUCUACUGCUUAACUUAGGAUUUACUUCAAGAGAAUGUCUAAAUGGUAGGUGUGUUUGGUAACACAAGAGUAGACUGAAGAGGCAUUUCUUAAGGAGUGGUAAUUGGGCUUCAUGCAUAACUGUCUUAAAACUUCAUAUAGAAAUAAUGCCAUUUGAAUGAAAAGGCAACAUACUUAAAUUUCUAUUUUGAAAAAGGCUAAAUGUCUUAGAUUCUACAAAAAAUGUUAAGUAAUACUUUCUGGAAAUUUUCUACUUUUCUUAUAUGAUCCUUAACUGGCGAUUGGAAUUCUUAAGCUCUAAUAAUAUAACUCUUCAUGGUAAACAUGUCAGGUGCUGAAAGGGUGGAUAAAAUGAUAGCUUUUAAAGACCUGGGGUGUGUCUUAUGUUCAUUUUGUGCUCAGCUACCCCCAGGACAGGACCUUCUCUGUAAGGUUUAUACAGUAAAGUUGUGCUGCUUGAUAUAUUGAUUUGUAUUUUAAUUAAGGUAAAAGCACUCCUCUGAUUGAAGGUGUUUGUAAUUAUAGGUUAGAAGGUAAUAUUUUUGUUAAUAUAGAGAAACGCAUAUAAAAUGAUGUCAAGGCAAAUAACAACAUCUGAACCGAUUGCUUAUGAUUUCUGCCUGGAGUGUUUACUAUGAAAUCCUGAAAAGAAAUCCUGUGACAUCCAGGGGAAACGUGUGACGCUAGUAACAGAGUGAUCAGCGAUGUCAUGAUUUGUCUUCUCUUAUUCAGUAACAUGUGGCUUGCCUCCUUUAUUUCACAAUAAAUAAGCUUUGAGUGCA